AUGAGAAUACCUCAGCGUCAUAAUACCCUUUUGGUUCGCACCAUCCUUUCCGAGGCAGUGGUACAACGAGUGGAUUCCAUGGUGCAACGACAUUCCAUUGUGGUGGAACAAUUAAAUCAUCCAGAUGGAACCGAUUUCUCCACAUUGGGCAAAGAAAUGUCAUCGUUAGCACCCAUCGUUUCUCUUCAUGAAAAAUUAGCGGCAUUGCAAGAAGAACUGACCAGUGUCCAGGAAUUAUUGCAAGAAGCCACAGAAGCCGGCGAUGCCGAAAUGGAGCGAGAAUGUCAACAAGAUGUGGAACGAAUCACCCAUGCGCAAGAUACCAUGGAACAACGCAUCAUGAUGGCUGUCUUGCCAAGAGACGAAGAUGACUACGAAAGUGAUGCCAUUGUAGAAAUCAGAGCGGGAACGGGGGGAGAUGAAGCUGCCUUGUUUGCGGCUGAAUUAAUGGAGACGUUUCUACAAUCCGCCAAAGCUGUGAAAUGGAGAGUCGAUAUCAUGAGUUGUAGCAAAACCGAUCUGGGGGGGAUCAAGGAAGCCACGCUUCAUGUUAGUGGCAGAUCUACCGAAAUCAUGGCACUGGAUGACGGAGACGACGAAGCAAUCGGACCCUAUGGCUUUUUCCGAUUUGAAUCAGGGGUUCAUAGGGUUCAACGAGUUCCCGUGAAUGAUACCCGCAUUCAUACCAGUGCCUGCUCCGUGGGCGUACUGCCAUCGUUGCCAGAGGCAAAUACAGGAGCGCUUUUGCCCACAUCCGAACUCAAAAUUGAAACCAUGCGAGCAUCGGGGGCCGGUGGACAACAUGUCAAUACCACGGACAGUGCCGUCCGAAUCACACACAUACCCACGGGAUUGACGGCAUCCAUUCAAGACGAACGAAGUCAACACAAAAACAAGGCAAAAGCACUCAAAUUGAUUGCCGCAAGAGUACGACAACACGUACAGCAACAAGAAGAUCAAGCAAGAGGGGCGGAACGAAGUAGUCUCAUGGGAGGAGGAGACCGCAGUGAACGGAUUCGAACCUACAAUUUCCCACAGGAUCGAGUGACAGACCAUAGAUGCAAACAUUCCACUCAUGGGCUGGAAAAGCUCCUGCAGGGAGGCAUUGACGGUGGUCUGGUGGCAACGUUCUUCCCAGUUAUGCGACAAAAGUACAAGGAAGAACUCAUGAAAGAACUAGAGUCAGACCAAAGCAAUUAA